CAGGAUAUGAGUUGUGAAGGUGCUUUUGUUCAUACUCGUACCAAGGUUUGCUCCCCCCACCCUCCCCCUCCGACCCCUUAUUCUGUUUUGAGGAGGGUCGUGUCACACCCACCAUGGCUGAUUGGCACACCGAGGACUACAAAUAAGACCACCAUAGCGACAGACCAUCUACUUUCCGUCGGAGUUGGAAAUUCAUUCAAUACAGUUUAUUUAAAAACCCUCGAAGGAGUCAUGACGCAAGUUCUGGACAUCGAUCGCUGGGACCUGGAGUGCGAGUAUAAUAAUACCGACCAUCGCACUGAUCUCAACGGUGUAGACCGACUCAUCGUGAGGAGAGGCCAGCCCUUCUCAAUCAGUCUGUAUCUUCGCACUGGAAGCUUCCAGCCAGGAGUCACUUCUCUUGACUGCAUUGCAGAAACAGGCCCGCAACCCUCUGAGCAGUAUGGCACCAGGGCCUCCUUUGGUCUGUCUCCCAGCGUUGACACUUCCCGCUGGAGUGCUGCUGUCAUCAGCCCCCCUGGGGACAUGGUGGCCCUGUCUAUCUGCUCUGCCCCUGAUGCACCGAUAGGCCGCUACACCCUGACCCUGGGGCAGUCAGUACGGAUUGAGUUCAUUCUGCUCUUUAACCCGUGGUGUCCAGGGGAUGCGGUAUACAUGGAUAAUGAGCAGAGUCUGGCAGAGUAUGUUUUGUCUCAGGAUGGAAUCAUCUUUCGAGGCAGCUACAAAUAUCCCAUACCUACUCCCUGGAAUUUUGGCCAGUUUGAAAGUGGAAUCCUGGAUAUCUGUCUGAGGAUCCUGGAUAUGAAUCCUAAAUGUCUGCGUAAUCCUUCUAAAGACUGCUCCGGGAGAAGAAAUCCCAUCUAUAUUUCCAGAGUUCUAAGCGCCAUGGUGAAUUGUAAUGAUGACAAAGGGGUGUUGCUGGGAAAAUGGACAGAUGGCUAUGAAGGAGGUGUCAGCCCCUCAUUUUGGCGUGGCAGUGUGGAGAUUCUGCGUAACUGGGACACGGAAGCCUGUCAGCCUGUUCGCUAUGGACAGUGCUGGGUGUUUGCUGCAGUGGCCUGCUCGGUUUCCAGAGCUCUGGGCAUCCCCUGCCGAGUUGUAACCAACUACCUGUCUGCUCACGACACCAACAGCAACCUGGUGAUUGAACGAAUUGUUAAUGAAAAUGGGGAACUCAUUCAGUCCAAAGAAAUGAUCUGGAAUUACCACUGUUGGGUGGAGAGCUGGAUGACCAGGCCUGACUUUAAACCUGAAUUUAACGGCUGGCAAGCCAGUGACCCCACACCCCAAGAGAAGAGUGAAGGCGUGUACUGCUGUGGCCCCAUCCCUGUCAGGGCCAUCAAGGAAGGAGAGCUCACUUUUAAAUACGACGCCCCCUUUGUAUUUGCUGAGGUCAAUGCUGAUGUCAUCACAUACAUGAAGAAAAAAGAUGGCAGCACCUCAAAUGUCACCACCAUUGCACUGGUGGGCCAGAAGAUCAGCACCAAGAGUGUGGGCAGCGACACCAGAGAGGACAUCACUCACCUCUACAAGUACCCUGAAGGAUCUGACGAAGAGCGAGAUGCUUUCAAAAAGGCCAACCACCAAAACAAGCUGCUCCAGCAGCAGCAGCAGGGUCAAGACCUACACCUCACUAUCAAAGUGACAUCAGACAUGAAGAAGGGCUGUGACUUUGAUGUGUUUGCCGUUGUUACUAACAACACCCAGAGUGACAAAAAGUGUCGCUUGGUAUUUGGAUCCUGCGCUUUGUCCUACAGUGGACUUUUAGGAGGAAACUGUGGCUUUAAAGACUUGCUGAAUGUUGAGCUCUCAGCAGGAGCAGAGAGAAAAGUUUCUCUAAGACUGAACUACUCAAAGUACGGCAGCCAAUUGACUGAGGACAACUUAAUCCGUCUGGCAGCUCUGCUGGUGGACUACUCCACCAGAGAAGCAACUCUGGCAGUGAGAAAUAUUGUGCUGGAUAAUCCUGAAAUCAAAGUCAAAAUCCUGGGUGAACCAAAAGAGAACCGGAAGCUGGCUGCAGAGAUCACGAUGCAGAACCCUUUACCAGAGCCGCUGGAGAACUGCUGCUUCAGCAUUGAGGGGGCCAACCUGACUGGGGGACAUGUUAUCUCUGAGAGGCUGAAUUCCACUGUCGGACCUGGGGAAGAUGCCAAAGUUAAAAUCUACUUCACUCCCACCCGUACUGGGCUGAGAAAGCUGGUGGUCGAUUUUGACAGUACUCAGCUGUGCCAUGUCAAGGGCUAUAGGAAUGUCAUAAUUGGAAAAUAAAACUUUUACAGUCCAAUAGCAAAACUCAGUCACCAAUGUUAAUGCAUUAGCAAAGAUAUCAACAUGAGCAAACACACCCUUCUUUGCAUACUGUAAUACUUCAAUGUAUGUUUAGAUAUAUUCACAUUUUGUUCUUCCUGUUGCAGUGAGUGCUUUGUUCUUUUAAGGCUAAUGAAAUACUGUAACUGCAUGCAAAACUUUAAAAAAUAUUAAGCUCCUCUUUAGUAAAAAUUUGUAUUAUAAAAGUUCUACAAUUAAACUGACUUAUACACUUUUUGUGAUCAUGUUGCAAGCAAAAACUGGUUUGAAUUAAUAGCUUGACUGCACUGUGCAGAUCGUUUUCUACACUUAUGUGCUAAUCUGACAUAUUCUAGCUUCAGUGGAGGACAGGCAGCGUGGUGUUGUGAGGUUGUAUCAUGUGUAUCAUGAAUGAUAUUAAUUAUUUUGUCAAUGAUGGGAUAAAGUUUGACAGCAUUGACAGCUAUAGUCAAACAUUUACCUGCAGAAAGAACAUCUCUUCUCCCGGUAACAUGCUGCUCUGUUUCUGCACAUUCUGCCUCCCAUAUGAACAUAAUACUCACAUCCUGCAAUCUUUAUAGAUUUCCAACUUAUUUCUCUUCUUGAAUCUGGGAUGCACAUCACAUCAUUUGUUAAGUAUGCACUGCUAUUAUAAUGUGAAAUGUACUGUUUUACUUUUAAAACGACAUAAGAAAAACUUUCAUUCUUCACCAGUCAUGGAGAAAGAAUAAAAUCUAUAAUAUAAAAUAUUCUCUCAAUGCUAGAAGUGCCAAGGGGCUGAACAAAAACAAAACUAAACAAAACUUUAUUAACAUUUAGACAUGCAUUUCUCAUUCGCCUUAUUUUCCUUAAUGUCUUCACCUAGCUUGGACCUGUACCUUUGCUGUGGCCCUGCCAAAACUAUAAGUGCCUCCACAUGAUCAGUGUCACUGCAUUAAGCAACAGAAAAACUAUAAGAUCUGCUAAUCUACAAACUGAAAGUAUUUACAGUUCAAAUGUAGGUAAUCACCAGUAGUAACAAGAGAUAUAGCUGCAAGUUUGCUGGUGCAGGUGGCCUACAGGUUCUACCUUUUUUAUUAGAAUCUUUUUCUUUAGUUCCUGCUUCAAAACUUUUUGCCUGUCCAUGAAGAAAUGACACUUUCUCUAUCACUACAGGGUCUUUCAGUACAGUAUUUAUGCAUGAACUAAUUUGUUAAUAUGCAUGAAAUACUGCUGCCCUCUGCUGGCCAAAAAGAUGAACUUGUUAGUGAUGAACAGAGACAGAAAACAGCCUCUACAGAAACUGGAAGCAACACACACACACACACACUUUAAAACAGACAUUUUGUGUGAAAACUGUCACUAAACUGUCUGUUUUUUGUUUGUUUGUGUUUUUUUUAAUGUUAGUCUGUCUUUUUGAAACUAAUGUUGAUCAAUAAAACUGAGCUUUUCUUCCCACUA